UGGUCUAGCAACACUGAGUUACAUUUCCCUGAUUGUAAUGUUAGGAUUGUAUCUAUUUGUUCUCGAUAAAGAUAGUUAUCAUAAUGUAUCAGACAGCGUUAGUAUACCCCAGAAAAUAAUUUGAGAAUUACCCAAGAUGAACGAAAGGGAUAUCCCAAGUGUCCCUAUAACUACACUAGCAGGAGUAGCUAGCUUGACUGAUUUGUUACCAGUGCUUCCAUUACCAACACCAUUACCAUCGACUUUGAACAACAAGUCACAGUUGUUUCAUCCUAGAGUUGCAGAGGAAGCGGCUAUACUGCUGGCAACUCGAGAUGACAACUUGGUUACUCUUUUACUUCAAUCAUUGAUGCAAACUUCAGUACAACACAUAGACCUUAAAGAUGAAAGUGUACAAAAUGCAGUCAGCCCAGCUCCCCAGCAAGCUACACCUGAAUUAUUGAAAGCAAUUUUAAACGUCAAUCCUAAUAUUUUUAACCAGCAACAAAGGAACCACUGGGGAAAUCAUAUAAAUUCAGCUAAGUUUAAUGGAAUGUCACCGACCACUACAUACAAUUAUACAUCACACAAUACCGUUCACUCGAGUCCAACAUCACACGGCACAUCGGUGCAGUCGGCUACUAUUCCAAACCAGCAGCUCCUGGCUCCUCCAUGUCAAUCUUCACCUCAUGUGAAUAUGGGCUCACCCCCUUCGCAAGCACGACCGGGAACCGUUAAUAUCACUGCUCAAAAUCAUAUUUCACCGCCAUGGAGCAGUUCAAAUCAGUCAAAUGUUUAUGCGAGUCCCAUGUCGAACACUUCCAAUCCACAAAAUGGAGGGUUUUACAAUAGCUUAGUACAAGAAAAUAGAAAUUUUGGCUCUAAUAUUAGCGAGAAGGAUCCACUGUCGAUGUCGCCGGGAAAUAUGAAUGAGCAGCAAAGAUUACUUAUGAAGCCACAUGAUAAAUCAUUUGAGCACGCUGGUAAUGUAAUGCCAGGGCAAUCCCCGGCCCAAGCGAGUGUGGCGCCCUCUCCCCUGCGUCAGGAGCCGCAAGUGCCCCAACCAUCUAUGGGAGCCCCAUAUGCUGUUCCACCCGCCCAGAACACUGCACCAGACAAACAGGACUCUAACAAAGGCACACAAGUAAUGAACAAUAAGUUCCCAGUUGUAAAAAUUGGCCGGCUAUCUGAGAACUUGUUAAAGAAACACGAGUUUCCAAGUGAAGAAAGGACUCGGAAAAUCAGUGCACUGGAAUCGGAUUCAGACGAUAAUAUACCUCUCAAACCUAAAUCGAACGUGCCCGCACCAGUGGUAGAUAAAGAAAAAGAAGCAAUAGAUAUUGCUCGAGAAAAGAACUGGGAAGCUGUUAAAAGGAAACAUGAGGAAGCAAGCAAAAGAGAGGAUACAGAGGCUGCUAUAGUGCGACCUAAACUACGUAAAGUAGAAAGAAGACUGGUUCCUGUGAUAGAGAUGUUGUCUGUUGAUGAACUCAUGGAAACUAACACCUACCAACGGUUCAACAAGCUCAUUGAAGCUGUCUUCGAAACGAUAGAUGAUGACAUACUCGUUACCGAUGAGAUGGAGGGCGCUGAUAUUCCUCAAGAUCUGCUGUUACCGCGCUAUCAACUGCAGGAGCUGUGCUCGGAAGCAGCUAAACUCAAAACUUUGGGUGCAAUGGAAGCCAUUCCGGCAGACCGGCUGGUGCGACUGCUAAGCAUACUAGAGAAAAAUAUAAGAGCUGCUGAAAAGAUGUCGUUAGUCGGCGACCCGGAUGAUUCUGAAGAGAUGAGGCAGAUAUGGCUCGAGUCUGCGUUGGAAAGGGUUAUGUGCGCGUCGGACGCUUGCUUGACGGCGCUAUACAUAAUGACGUCGCCCAGCAUGCCGAAGAGGAUAUUUCUCGAAGAUGUGAUAGACAGAAUCAUCAUGUUUAUAAAAUUUCAGUUGAACAACACUAUCUAUUGUGUGUAUGAUCCCGUGUACAGUAUUCAGAGCACUUCUAAGAAAAAAGUGGACGGUAGGCGGCGGCGCGGCGGGGGCGCGGGUAACGCUCGCGCGCGCGGCUCCGGCUCCACGCGAGCGACCCGCGAGCUGUACGCGCACGCGCACGAGAGCGUCGGACUAUUAGCCGAGCUGUUCGCGGCGCACCAGCUGACCGACACCACGGUGUUGCACGCCUCCACUGUGGGCGUGUCGCCGUUCUUUGUCGAGAACAUCAGCGAACUGCAACUCUCUGCGCUCAAACUCGUCACCACUAUAUUUACAAAAUACGAUCAACAUAGGCGGCUGCUGUUAGAAGAUAUAUUAGCGUCUAUAGCGCGGAUACCGAGCUCGAAGCACAAUCUGCGGUCUUUUCAACUCAACUCCGACCAGCACAUUCAGAUGCUCACCGCGCUAGUGCUACAGUUAGUUCAAUGUGUGGUGACUCUGCCGGAGACAUUAUGUAAAUCAAAGGAGAAGGAGAAGGAUGUAGAUAAUGAAAAUAAAAAACAUGUAGAUAAGGAUUUGUUAAUAAUAUCUAAGUAUGAAGCGGCAAUUAGUGUAGGUGGAACAUUUCUAACUUCGUUUCUGAACAAGUGCCGGAGUCGGUCGGAGGAGGUGGACUUCAGGCCUCUGUUUGAGAAUUUUGUUCACGACCUGCUAACGACUGUGAACAAGCCAGAGUGGCCCGCGACCGAACUGCUACUCAGUUUGCUUGGAACAAUGUUGGUGAAAUACAUGUCGGACAAAUCGAUGGAGAUGUCAGUGCGGGUGGCGUCGCUCGAGUACCUGGGGUUGGUAGCGGCGCGGCUGCGGCGAGACAGCGUCACGUCGCGCGCCAAGCUCGCCACAAUGGACGCUGUCAUGCGUGACAUUCGAGCUGAGGAGGAGAAGGACGGAUCCGUGACGCAGUCAAUAACAUCGGGUCUAGACGAGGACGAGGAGAGGACAGAAUUCCUUCAACGCGUUCUCCUGGACUACCUGGCCAUCAAUGGUCAAAAAGACCAGGCGUGGAACUGUGCCAGGCAUUUCUAUAUAACGCAGUGGUACAGGGACAUGGUGGUCCAACCGAAGAGCCCCUCGCCCACGAAGAGGCCCAAGAACAAGUCCAAGAAGAGGUACAAGGACGAGAGCAGCGAGGAGGAGGAGUCGGACGACGACAGCGACUCCGAGAGGAAGGAGAAGGUCGACAAGAAGCAGGUCCAGAGCGCCAUCGUCUCCGCAGAGAAGUUCAAGACGAUAGAGAGGCGGAAGCGCUUCUUCCUCGAGAAGAUCAGGCCGUUUCGGUACCAGGGCGGGUCGCAGGUUCAGGUGAUGCAGUCGUACAUAGACUACGGCGGCGCGGAGUUGAUCUCGCAGUACCUGGCCUCGAAGCGGUCGUUCUCGCAGAGCUUCGACAGGUACCUGAGGAAGAUUCUGGUUAUACUGUGCGAGAACACGAUCGCGAUUCGGACUAAAGCAAUGAAGUGUCUGACGAUGAUAGUGGAGGCGGACCCGUCCGUGCUGGCGCGGCCGGACAUGCAGAUCGGCGUCAACCGCUCCUUCCUCGACCAAUCCACGGCCGUGCGCGAGGCCGCCGUCGAUUUAGUCGGCAAGUUCGUCCUCAGCCGGCCCGACCUCAUCGACAAGUACUACGGGAUGCUCUCCAAUAGGAUAUUGGACACCGGCGUCUCCGUGCGGAAGCGGGUCAUAAAGAUUCUAAAGGACAUUUGCAUAGAGUGCCCUGAGUUUCCCAAGAUACCCGAAAUCUGCGUGAAGAUGAUCAGGCGGGUUAACGAUGAGGAGGGAAUCCGCAAGCUGGUGAUGGAGGUGUUCCAGAAUAUGUGGUUCAGCCCUUGCGGCGCGGGGGCGGGGCGCGCCGCACUAGACGCGGCGGCCGCUACGGCAGACCCGCUCACACGCAAGGUGCUCAACAUAACCGAUGUCGUCGUCUCGUCACGUGAUAUGGGUUUAGAGUGGUUUCAGCAGCUGCUUAUGAGUUUAUUUAAACCCAAGGAGGACAAAGAUGAUUCUACUAAAAUUAUUUAUCAACCACCCAAAUCGUUACUACUAGCAUGUCAACAGAUUGUGGACUGCCUAAUAGAACAUUUGCUACAGUUGGAAGAAACUAAUACUGAUGGUGCUGGCUCAUCACAACGCAUUUUAGCAUGCCUUUCCACAUUGCAUUUAUUUGCAAAAAUCAGGCCGCAGCUGCUAGUUAAUCAUGCUCUAACACUUCAACCGUAUCUCAGUUUAAAAUGUCAGAACCAGUACGAGCAGCAGAUAAUGUCGACGGUGGCGAUGACCCUGGAGCUGGUGGUGCCGCUGAUGGAGCACCCCAGCGAGUCCUUCCUCGCCCAGCUGGAGGAAGACGCGGUCAAGCUGAUCUUGCAGCGAGGCCAGCUCGUCAUAGCCGCCUGCAUCGCCUGCCUCGCCGCCAUAGUUAACUCCCUCACGCACAACUACAAACUCAUACGGGACGUCUUUAAUAAGUAUCACGGAAUUUUAUUACAAUGGAAGAGCGCUUGGCAGCGGAAUCCUGAAGGAACACGAAAUUUGAAUACGAGGCCGCAGUUCAGACGCGCACUAUUCAUAGUAGGCUUACUGCUCAGAUAUUUCGAUUUCACCGACAACACUGUGAUUGAAGGUUUAUCGAGUGAUAUUAAAGAGCAAGUGUACUCGACGCUAAUGUUUUUCGUGAGCUUAGAGGACGAAGAUUUCGUAUCGCAUACGCUGAAGGCGCUAGGGUCGGUGUGUGUACGGCAUUACGAGUUCAUGCUACGGCCAGAUCUGAAGGAGUUCUACCAUCAACUGCUGACCUCCGAACUCGCUCCUAUAGAGAUGAAGGCUGAUGUUCUUAGAAAUAUAGAAAUGUACUUACAAGAAGAGGAGCAGAGGAUGAUAAGACAGGAUAAAGAAUGGUCAAAGCGAUCGAAACACGAAAACUUAAAAGAAAUGGGAGAUGUAUCAUCUGGUAUGGCGUCAACGGUUAUUCAGUUGUAUUUGAAAGAGAUUUUGGGUGCAUUUUUACAUACGAGCACGUACGUCCGGUCGAGCGCAAUGAAAGUUGUACAGCUUGUACUGGCGCAGGGUCUGGUACACCCAGUGCAGAUUGUUCCAUAUUUAAUAUGUAUGAGUACGGAUCUAGAGGUGACGGUAUCGCAUACCGCCGACAAAAACUUACAAGAAAUAGAUAAGAAGUACCCCGGGUUUAUACAUAUGAAGGCGCAACUAGGUAUCAGGUUGUCGUAUCAACUACAGAAGAUUUUACAAUCAGAUUCCAAGGGUGUUAUUCGUGGAUUCAGAAAAAAAGAACAAGAUGACAUUCCAACUGCACUUAACGGUUUCCUAUAUUCGCUGUUGCGAAACACGCGGCCGCAACGGAGGGCCCUCGUUUUAUCAUUGUUGAAGCAAUUCGAUGAUGUUUCUAAUGCUCCGUUAGAUCAAAUGUUGUACCUGGCAGAUAAUUUAAGCUAUUUUCCAUAUCAAGUUCAAGAUGAACCUCUUUUUAUAAUUCACCACAUUGAUAUUAUUAUUUCUACGUCGGGAUCGAACUUAUUGCAGCUUUUUCGUGAGGGUUUAAUAAAGACGAGCACGGAGGAGCGCGACGGGUUGGAUGAGGAGGAGGACGAGGAGGACGCGGCGGCGCUCGUGUCCCGCCUCCCGCCCAACACGCGCCCGCUGCGCGACGCCAUGCGGCAGGCGCGCGGAUGUUUGCUGCUGCUCGUGCUCAAACAGCACCUCAAACAGCUGUACGGCUUUACGGACGCAAAAAUAAAUCAGUAUUCACCAUCGGAGAGUGUAAAAGUGUACGAAAAAGCGAUAUCCAGACGGCACGCUCCACAAUUCGAGCCAAAAGCAACAAUCGCACAACUUCAGGAAGAUGAAUGCGACGAAGAACUUGACGACUGCGGUCGGCGGCGACUCGUCGACGACUAUCUUGAGUUCAAGCAGCUUAUGCUGAAAUUCGAUCCGGAAGAGGACGACGAAGACGUGGCCGCGGGUGCUGCGGGCGCGGCGCCGGCGGCGACGGCGGGCGGCGGGGAGGCGGCCAGCACCAGCGCCGCGCCCGCCGCCGACGCGCCCGCCACCUAG